AGCUUUCUUAAGCCGCAGUUUGUGGUGUGACCCUUUAUACAUGAUUAUUUUUUGACAAAACUUUAUACAUGAUUAUAUGAUAUAUACUUAUAUAUAUUUAUAAUUCAAGCAUGUAUAUGUAACAUUGCAUAAACUUCAUUGACCUCCCUUGUUAAUCAUGAAAUCAGCAAUCAAAACCAAAUCUUUAACCAAAUUAAUUCCAUUCUCAUCUUCAUUUUGUGCAAUUUCUCUCUUUAUAUUUAUUUCCAUACUAUUCUUUACCACAUCAAAGAUAGUAACAAUUAACAUUGGUUCUUCUUUACUACAGCCUACUGAAUCUGAUCCAACCAAUGUUAAUCAUCUUGUAUUUGGAAUUGCUUCAAGUGGAAAAUCAUGGCCUAAUAGGAAAAAAUAUGCCAAACUUUGGUGGAACAAAAAUAUGAAAGGUUGUGUUUUUGUGGAUAAUCUUCCACCUGAAGAAAAUGACAACAACCUUAAUAGUGAUGAUUCUGUUCCUCAAAUUUGUGUCUCUGAAGACACUUCAAAGUUUAACUACACAUAUAGACCAGGUGGUUUAAGAUCAGCGAUCCGCGUGGCGCGUGUUGUGAAAGAAACUGCUGAAUUGAAUCAUUCUGAUGUUAGGUGGUAUGUGUUUGGUGAUGAUGACACAAUUUUCUUUCCUGAGAAUCUUGUUAAGACACUUUCUAAAUAUGAUCAUAGACUUUGGUACUAUGUUGGAGCUUAUUCGGAAAAUUAUGAAGGGUCUCAAACUUUUGGUUUUGGAAUGGCUUUUGGUGGAGGUGGUUUUGCUUUAAGUGCUUCUUUAGCAAAUGUUUUAGCUAAGGUUUUUGAUUCAUGUAUUGAAAGAUAUUCUCAUCUUUAUGGAAGUGAUGCUAGGGUGUUCUCUUGCAUAGCAGAACUUGGUGUUGGAUUAACAUAUGAACCCGGUUUUCACCAGGUUGAUUUGAGGGGAAACGUCUUUGGUUUAUUGGCUGCACAUCCAUUAAGUCCCUUGUUAUCCUUACAUCACCCGGAUAUUACUGAUGCAAUCUUCCCUAAUAUGACAAAUUCAAAAUCACUACAGCAUUUAUUUGAAGCUGCAUAUGUUGAUUCACAAAGAAUGCUACAACAAACUGUUUGCUACGAUAGACGGUUUUCACGGACAAUUUCAGUGUCAUGGGGAUAUGCUGUUCAAGUAUUCCAAAGCAAUGUGCUUUUACCAGAUGUUCUUAGAGUGCAAGAAACAUUCAAACCAUGGAAGGAAAAACAUGUUAUGGCAGGAAUAUAUACUUUUAGCAAAAGAGAACUUCACCAUGACCCUUGUAAAAGACCUAAAAUUUUCUAUCUAGACAAUGUAUCUUCUGGUAAAGAUGGAAUCAUUAGCAACUACACGAAAUCUUUUUAUAAUUGUUCAAACGACAAGACAUCGUCGAAGAAUCUGGAGGUGAUCAAAGUGGUUACAAAUAACUUAGACCUUGAUAGCAAACAGUUGCAGACUCCAAGAAGGCAGUGUUGUGAUGUGUUGGACUCUAACUCUGGUCAAUUAAUGGAAAUUGCAAUUAGAGAGUGCAAAUAUGAAGAAUUGAUUUAUAUGCAUUGACAGAACAAAUGUAUAUAUUAAAAUCUCUUGCAAUAUGGUUAAGCAGAUUCUUGAAGAGCAUUGCUAGAAGACAUUCCAAGUUCUAUAUUUGGCAGAAUUCAGCAGAGGGACUUAUUAAAGCUAUAAGAAUGAUUAUUAAUUUUUUUCUAACUACACCUCAUAUCAUAGGUUCAACAUAACAGCUACAGCUAGUUUGAUCUCUGGGAUUCUAUACUGAUAGUCUUAUAUAUACACACACAUAUUUAGAGCUCUUGAUACAGUAAAAGCAUAGCACAUGAAAGCAAGUUAUGCAAAUAAUUUUUUUGAAUUUACUGUACGAAAACUGGCCAACUGCACAAUAUUUUGUAAUUUUAAAGCCUCAAUAUUUUGUUAUGUUAUUUUUUUUGAUUGAGUGUCUGUCUGCUUGGAGUGGCGUUUGAUGAAGCAAAAGCACAUCUACAUAUGUUUCGAUGUAAAUCUGCCGUGAUUUUAAGAAGUUGAGAAUUGAAACUUCUACGUUAAA